AUGAACGAAGAAAUGAAACGGGAGCUUGAUGAAUGUAUUGAAUUAGGAGAGUUAAAUCUUCCACGAAUCAAUCAAAGAUGGACUGUUUGUAGUCAUGGAGAUGGUGAUGGACUAUGUAGUGCAACUAUAGCAUUAAGUAGUAAACGAUUUAUUGAUGCAGACUUAAUAAUAACACAUCCCAUGGGAAUAGUACAUGACAUAAAAGAGAUAGAAAGUAAUUUAUUUAUUAGUGAUAUUGCUCUUGAUGCAAGAACAUAUAAAGAACUUUAUAAAAAAUUUGAAACAUUAAUAGAUAAAGGGUAUCAAGUAAUUUAUAUUGAUCAUCAUAGAAUAUAUGGGACACCACCAAAAGGGGUUGAAAUGAUAAAUGAUGAAAAUUGUUGUGCAAGUGAAUUAGUUCAUAAAUACUUUAAAGAGAAAAAAGAAUUAAAAGAAUAUGUUGAUAUAUAUGCAUGUAUAGGAUGUAUUUGUGAUUAUUAUGAUAAUACUGAAUACAUAAAGAAAGUAAUGGAUAAAUUUGAGAAAAGAAGUCUUUUUCUUGACGCUGGUAUAUUAGCACAAGGGCUUUCUAUUUAUCGUAAAAAAGAAAUGAAAGAAGACCUUGUAAGAGAGUUUGUUUCUGGAUAUAUUCCAUGUGAAAUUCCUGCAUUAGUUUCACAAGCAAUGCAAGUAACUCGUAAUGAUAAAAUUGGAAGAAAUGUUAUAAUAAAUAAUUCUUGUAAUUGUAAAUAUAUUGCUUGGUGUUUAAAUCCACCAUGUGGUAAAUCUAAAUCAGCACAUUUUGCAUCAGCUUCAAAAGAAAAACCAAUUGGGUUGGCUAUUUUUUAUUAUCAAAGAAGAAAAGUAAAAGAACAACCACUUUAUGACCUUUGUUUUAGAGGAACAAAUCUUGUUGAUUUAAGAGAAAUUAUUACUCCAUUGGCUUUAGAAUUAGGAGGGUCUGGUGGUGGUCAUUUUAAUGCUGUAGGAAGUAGAGUACCAACUAAUUUAUUAGGAAUAAUGUUGUAUUAUAUUGAUUUAAGAGUUGAUACGUAUUUACAAACAAAAACUUAUGAUAAACUUCCAUUACCUCCAAAAGAUUUAUCUAAUAUUCAAUAUGAUAAAAGUGUCUAUGAUCAUUUCAUUGAUUUAAAAUAUUAUUUUAAAACUCAAGUUGAAGAAUAA